GCACGUUGAGCCAGCAUAGCCAGCAGCGGCCCGUGUCAGUGUGUGCUGGGAAGGAGGGGGCAGUGAGCUUAGUUGGAGGCUUGUUCAGCCAUGUUGGCUUUCUCAGCUAUUCUCCAACGAUGAGAGAGCGCAGACAUGGCCUUGUCAUUGAGUGGAGACGAUGAAGAUUAUGAUUCUGAGUCUGAACAGCAGCGGGCGGCCAACCGGCCGAAGCCCAAGGUGGGGACGUCGGCUGCUGUUAAGCUGCCGUCUAAUCGCAGCUCGUCCGGAGCCAGAAGGAGGAGGACACGCUGCCGGAAGUGCGAGGCAUGCGUCCGGACCGAGUGUGGAGAGUGUCACUUCUGCAAGGACAUGAAGAAGUUUGGAGGGCCAGGGCGCAUGAAGCAGUCCUGUAUUAUGAGACAGUGUAUCGCGCCUGUCCUGCCCCACACGGCAGUGUGUGUGGUGUGUAAAGAGGCGGGGAAGGAGGACACACUGGAGGACGAGGAGGAGAAGUUCAACUUUAUGCUGAUGGAGUGCUCUAUCUGCAAUGAGAUUGUCCACCCCAACUGCCUCAAGGUGAACGAUGCCUCAGGAGUGGUGAAUGAUGAACUCCCUAACUGCUGGGAAUGUCCCAAAUGCAACCACGCUGGGAAAAGUGGAAAAGUAUUGAAGCAAAAAAGAGGCCCAGGGUUCAAGUACGCCUCCAACCUCCCCGGCUCUCUGUUGAGGGAACAGAAGCCUGUGAGGGAAGACGGGGACGUUUCUUCUGCAGUAAAGAGGAGACCAGACAGAGAGGAGACGCCCAGACACAGACCUGAGGAGUCUCUCCACCGUCAGCCACCGCUGCUCUCCCCCAGCAGCCUGACCCGGCCCAGGCCUGAGGACAAACUGAGGAAGAAGAGGAAGCUGUUUGAUGAUGAUGAGGAAGAGGAGCUCAUCGUGAAGAAAAAGGAAAAGUCAGAUGAUCUGUAUUUUUCCAAACUUCUGCACCAAGAUGAGGAUGAAGAUGCAUAUGAGGAGGAGGAUGAAGAAGGAAGGCAGCCUCACUUCCGGAGUGGUGUAGAGAGGAAAGGACGUUUUGGAGACACUGAAGAAGAAGGAGAUGACAGGGACUCCAAGAAUGAACUUUUGAGUCCCUGCAUUAAGACACCGGCUGGAGAGAGUGACCAGUCUCACUGCAGCUCUCCACAGGCCGGACCCAGUAGCGAGGGCGGAAGCGAGACCCAGGAAAAAGGGCCACGCCCAAAAGCUCGGCGCAAGCGACGUUUACCUAAUAGAGAGCUGAGCCGAGAGUUAAGCAAAGCACUGAACCAGGAAAUCCAGAAGACAGAGGAUUGCCUGGCUAACGAGAACCGCCAACCGCUCAAGGUGGAGCCAGAGACGGAAAACGAAGAACCCAAGAGGUUGUUCCACAACGGCAGUGAAGUUGGGGAUCAGAGACCCCACCUCAAAUCCAAAGAGAUGAACGGGACACCCUGGGAGCUGCGCCACUUCUACCUGAGUCAGAUCACCCCUUUGGGCUUCAACAGGAGCACCCCAACCAACCGACCGGUGCCCCCACACUCCCCACCUAAGUGUGUCCAAAUGGAGCGACAUGUCAUUCGGCCCCCUCCGAUAAGCCCACCUCCUGACAGACUGCCCCUAAAAGAUGGCAAAACACAUGUCAUACAGCGUGAGGUCUGGAUGAAGAUCUUCUCUUACCUCACACACCAGGAACUGUGUGUUUGCAUGAGAGUUUGCAAGACGUGGAACAGAUGGUGUUGCGAUAAGAGACUUUGGACAAAGAUUGAUCUAAACCGCUGCACUUCCAUCACUCCACUCAUGCUGAGUGGUAUUAUCCGCCGACAGCCUGUGUCCCUGGACCUCAGCUGGACCAACAUUUCCAAGAAACAAUUAAGCUGGCUUAUUAAUAGAUUGCCAGGCCUGCGAGUGUUGAAGUUAUCAGGGUGUUCUUGGGCUGCUGUGUCUGCACUCUGCACCACCAGCUGCCCUCUGCUGCGCACCCUGGAUGUCCAGUGGGUGGAGGGACUCAAAGACGCACAGAUGAGGGACCUCCUCUCACCCCCCACAGACAACAGACCAGGCCAGCUGGAUAACCGCUGCAAGUUGCGGAAUGUGGAGGACCUGCGGCUAGCGGGGCUGGACAUCACCGAUGUGUCUUUGCGCCUCAUCACUCGGCAGAUGCCUUUGUUGUCCAGACUGGACCUAAGCUACUGCAACCACAUCAACGACCAGUCAGUCAACCUGUUGACAGCAGCAGGGACCACAACCAGAGACUCCCUCACAGAAAUCAACCUGUCAGUUUGUAACAGAGUCACAGAUCGUUCCCUGAACUUUUUCAAGCGCUGUGGAAGCAUCUGUCAGAUUGACCUUCGCUUCUGCAAGCAGGUGACGAGGACAGCGUGUGAAAGGUUCAUCGCGGAGAUGUCUGUGAGUGUACCGUUCAGACUGAAAGAAGACAAACUGCUACAGAAGACGAGCUAGUUGCUAACAGAACAAAUGAUUGAAAGACUGUUUUUGCACUUAAUGGAGCAAGUAUUUCCCUUUUAAAACUGUUCUCUCUGAUAAAUAUCUGAAUCUGUGUCACCACAAACAAACUGAAAUGAGGGACAGAGUUCUGGAUGGAGACCUUAGAUGCGCUGAUGUAGGCAGAUGAUAAACAUUCACCGGGCAGAUAAAGAGAAAGCAUGCAUGUAUUUGUGUUGAGGUUACACUUUUAUAAAGAUGUGCUUGUAAUUGACGUUGGGUUAUUUUUAUUCUUUAAUUAUUUGAAAACUAUUUUUAUAUGAACGCCAUUUCACAAGUUUAGUGUCUCAGGAGUUAAAUAUCAGAGAGACUGAACAGUAUGUGAGCUGCAAAUUGAAUCCUUCCUCAUAUAACAGUCUCUUAUGUGCCAAAAUUUGUAUUUGACAUUAGUGUAACUUCAGUGCAGACAAAAAAAAACAAAACAAAGCAUGUACAGUAAUAAGUGUGGCUAAACUGUCAUAACCUCUACCCAAAUAUUUAGAAUGUAUUGCUGUUACACCCUCACAUCUUUAGUUACCUUUUUAAUGACCUAUUCAGUGUUGUUUGAUGGGAUUUUCAUCAACAUUUCAAUAUUAAUUUAUUGAUUUUUAAAUGCAGUUUGUAUUUAUUCAGUAACUUGACAUAGGUGACUCAAAGACCUGGGUUAAAUAAUGCUUGCAAAUAAUUUACUGGGGUAUGACUGAACAGCCAAAGGGCAGUAGCAGGAAGUGACAUCUUACCUGUCUGACUUUCUAUAAUGCAGUCUUCCCCUCACAUGGUUUUCUAUACUGGUUUAUAAAACAGUAGGUGUUGUGUGUUUCGGGUGUUUUUUUGUUGUUGUUGUUUUUUGUUAAUUCUUAUCACCUCAGGUGAAUGUGAUCAUGUUUAUAAAUCCAAAAACAAAGUGCUAAUAUGCAUUAAAAGAUUUUCACUUGUA